AUGGCCCCCGAAGCAAUCCCUAUGCGUGACAUCACUGCCGACACCGUUGCUAAAGCGAUGUACGAAGGAUGGAUAUCACGAUUUGGCUGCCCACUACGCGUAACAACGGACCAAGGAAGACAAUUCGAAUCUGCAUUAUUCAAGGCACUUAUGAAGAAGUUCGGCAUCACUAGAAUUCGAACCACCGCUUUCCACCCACAAGCAAAUGAGAAAGUCGAACGCUGGCAUCGAAAGUUUAAAAGCCGCACUCAUGGCGAGAAGUGGAGAAGUGCAGGCACUCACUGGAGCGAGGAACUUGCAACCGUUUUGCUUGGACUGCGUUCCGCCUUACGUGAGGACUCCCAAGUCAGUCCAGCUCUGAUGACUUACGGAUCAACACUCAGAAUACCGUCGGAUUUUUUCGAGCCUUCACCGCCGGAAAUUGAAGACGCAGAGUUUGUUCGCUGUCUGAGCGAAUCAAUGGCAAAUCUUUCACCGAGUAACAAGUCACAUAGCAACAACAGAAACACAUUCGUGUAUAAAGAUUUAGCGACGUGUACUCAUGUUUUCGUGCGCAACGACAUGGUGAAGAGUCCAUUGACCCCGCCAUACGACGGUCCAUUCGAAGUCAUACAUCGAGGAGAAAAACAAUUUACCAUCCAGAUGCCUUUGCGUACAGCAGUCGUCUCUAUCGACAGAUUGAAACCGGCAUACUUACUUAACGAAGAGGAAAUCACUCCCACUUCCUCAAGCAUGCAGAAUAAGCAACAAGCGUCGCCAUCGCGCUUCCCGAGCAUAGUGCCACAACCAGCAGCAGCAGCAAAACCACAGCGUGACACAAUCGUCACUCGUUCCGGCCGCACAGUUAAACCAAACGUUCGCUUCGCUUAG